AUGGCGCCGAAUGUCAACACGACCAAUCUUUUACUUUGCUACGUAGCUGAUGGCUUGUUGCCUCAGGUGAUGCGAGAGCUGCAGAGGCAGGAGAAUUCCUGGGCGAAGUGUUCGCUGGGCCGCGCUCGUUUCCUACCAGUUGCGCUGCCAUCUGAUCGUAAAUCAACGUCGUUAACUGCGUCGUUUCAAGUGUUGCGAUUCACGAAAGUGCACGCACAUCUCUGUAAAGGGACGUCCGAACCCCUCGAAGCGAGCGACCAUAAUUCAGCCAACAGCGAUGCUGCCUCUUCGGACAAAGACAACCCACCAUGCCAUCCCACUCUUCGCACGUAG